UUCCAGCGCACCAAGCUGUCAUAAAAGGCGCUGUCAGGCUUUUUCAAUGACAUCACAUCCAACUGCAAGUUUUCCAACAUGGCGUCCAGCCGGGUACCGGAGAGGGAGGUCCAGGCGGAGCCGAGGCGCGCUGCGACCGCAAACCUCGACUUCUGCCUCCACAAAUACUCCCUGCUCAUCAUUAUCGGACGGACCGCUCACCUCAGACAGACGGGACACAUCAGCGGGGAGAUCGAGCGAGGUAUUCGCUCAUGGGACGUCGACUUAAAAUCCUGUAACCUGAACCUUUAUCUCCAAGAAUUUCUCUCCCAUCACACAGCAUCUUUCAAGGGUGCAGGGCAAAAGUGUCUGCGCCACAGUACCAGAGUGUUGGACACUCAGGUGCUGAUCAGUCCAUUACAGGAACAGGUUCAUUCAGAGGUGUUGGCUCUGCUGUCCAGGGAAUCGGCCCAUAAGCUGUUGAUCUUGGCCGGCCAGAGUGUGGAGGAAAGCGGAGACCUGCUGUUUCACAAAGGACUGUUCUCACCACACCAACUGAAACAAAUACUUACAGAGAAGUUCAUAGAUCAACAGAGCUCUGGCCUCUUCUCCAAGCUGAGUCUGACCCUCAGCUGUCCCAACAUCGGCCAUUGGAGGAAGACUCUCUUGGGAAACGAGCCUGUGCAGGGUCCUUUCACUCUGCACAUCAAUCCCCCAGAGGUGCUGCCUGCCAUGGAGGCCCUGGGGGAAUUCACCUCCCUCAUCUCUAGUACCCUUUCCCCUCCAUCUCCCUUUGAACUCCUGCCUCCUCCCAUCACCGUGGGCUUUCUCAAGCUGUCCCGACCAUGCUGCUAUGUGUUCCCUGCCGGCCACGGUGAUUGUGCUUUUUUUGCUGUUAAUGGAUUCACCAUGCUGGUUGAUGGCGGGUCCGACUCUCAGGCCUGUUUUUGGAAGCUGGUCCGUCACCUUGACCGAAUUGAUGCAGUUUUGUUGACCCACAUUGGGACAGAGAACCUCCCUGGAGUCAACACCUUCCUGGAGAGAAAGGUGGCUGAGUUGGAGCUGAGCUCUGAUAUCAAAGAUGACUCGUCUAAGAGGCUCAUCUCUCCAGAGCUCGGAGUUGUGUUCUUUAACGCCCCCAGCAGGUUGCAUUUGGAAGAACAGCCUUGUGUGGACAAUGUACUGAAGAGCACAGAUCAGGCGGCCCUAACCCUACGCUUGUUAAAGAAGUUAGACAUCAGACCACAGCCAUUGUUUCGACCACAAGGGAUCCCAAUUGAGCCACUUACCCUGUUCCAGAAGAUGGGAGUGGGACAGUUGGAUUUGUACAUCCUCAACCCAGGCAAAAGCAGUCAGGAGUACCAGACAUUUAUGCAAAACUGGCCUGAUGCAAUGUCAUCAGCAUCCAAAUCCCAAACUCUUCCCCUCACCGCCCUGGCCUCGGUGUCUGCCCUACUUGUGUGGCACCCAGCGUGUCCCCAGGAAAAGGUGGUCAGGGUGUUGUUCCCUGGUGUUACCCCACAGGCAAAACUGCUGCAGGGGCUGGAGAAGCUGAAGGGACUGGCCUUUCUCCAGAAACCUACAGUGACCACUGAGGACCUGGAGAGGCUGGGGGAGGACAGAAAGGCCAAGAGGACAGAGAGCCAGGACAGUGUGAAGUCUCAAGGGAAGGAGGCAACACUGAAACAUGGAAAAGAUCGGGGAGUUAAAGAGGAGGGAAAGGAGGUACUUGUAAAGGAAAAAGGAAAAUUAAUAAACGGACUCUCUACAAGAGAUGCUGAAAAAACCAGAAUCAAAGAGACAGGCAUGAAGCAAAAAUCAGCAUUGUCAGAGAAGAAUACUUCAAAGAAAGGAGGAGGGAAGGACGGGAAAAAGGAGGAGAAGUCUAUCAAUAAAGAGGAGAACGGUGUUGUGAGGAACGAUCAGGGGAAAAAGGAUGUUCCCAAAGCAAAGAAUGAAAAUAAAACUAAGCUCAAAAAGGACGCAAAAAAUGACUCUAAAACGGGGGCAAAGAAAACAAGAAAACCAUCAGGAAAUGAGGCAAAUAAUGGCAAGAAGGUAAAUGUAAACGCUGAAUUGCCAAAUAAUAAUUCAACAAAACCAGAUGCUGGGGCGCCAGAGGGUCUCAGUACAGAACAGAAGAGUCAAAAACCAGAGAAAGAGUCUGAACAGAACCUUUGUGGCUCUAAGAUGUCUACCCCUGAGGAUAUGACAGCUGAUUUUCUCAGGCUCCGGGAGGAAACUGCAGCGCAGGUGGAAACAGCAGAUAAAGGAAAGCAGAAUAGCAGUGAGUCAGGAAAUGCAAAGUGCACUGGAGGCCUGUGCAAAGAGACAAAUGAUAAAGCUGCUGAUACUCUAGGGGAAGAAAUAGCAGGCAACACAGGGAUAAUGGAAGGAGAGAGUGGUGAUAAUGGAGUGCGAAAUAAGGCUUGGACUGAAGAGAAAGCUAAUGCAGACCUGCAGAAGGCACCUAUAGACCAGCCUGGAAAUCCUACUAAACCAGCAAAAGUUGUAGGAUUUCCUUCUCCCUUGAACAAGGCACCAAAGAACGAGCGCACAGUCCAGCUUGACUUAACCCCAACUGAAUACACUCUCCUGGACGGGGCUUUGAGAAACAGCCCUCCAUCACGAUCCUCUCCAGAGAACCAGGCUCCAAUCAGCCCCGACGAGGAGACCGUAGAGCCUGCCUCCCCUGAUUCGCGGCCCAACAGUGCAGGCCACACUCCUUACUGUCUGUCCCCAGAUGAUGUGUGGUGCAACAGGGCAACACUCAGUAGGUUACAGGCCCAGAUGGGUAACGUAGACUCAGCCGACGUUAACCAGUCAAAUGGAUCAUCCAAGCAAAGUGGGGGGGAGCUAUGCCAGACCAAAACUACUCCAGAGAGCCACACAAAUCCCAGAGAGAAGCACCUAAGUUUCCUGUCUUUGGGUACAUUUAAAGAUGGAUCUUCAGACCCCUCUCCGUCUGUUACCACCACCACAACACACUCGAUGCCAGCAGAGGUGAGUUCACCUCAGUCCACAGAAGUAGAUGAAUCGCUGUCCAUGUCCUUAGAGCAGGGACCAACCACACUGAGCCAAAGAGAGGGGGAUGACAGUGUUCAUCACUCCAACUCCAAUGGAAGCCAUUUUGUGGGGAUGUCUUUACCAAUGAAGAAGCCUCCGAGAUCUUUAGGGCAGGGUUCAGAGAUGGGUCGGCCUCCAGCGCCUAACACGCUUCAUUUUGAUGCAUCAGUCCAUGAUGUGGAUCUUUGUCUGGUUUCCCCCUGCGAGUUCAAGCAUUUCAAACCAGCUGACUCCAGCUCAGGUGCGAGCGAGUCUUCCAGAGGAGCCUUUGCUCCACAUCAUCACAGCAACAACAACAACCCCAAAGACACGUCGCCCAGCGAGUCAAAUGCCCCCGUCUGCACGGAGGACUGCCCAUCCACCACAGCGGACGGAGCUCUGGACUCAGAUGAGGAUGAGUCAUGUAGUGAGCCGUCCAACUCCACCCAUGACCUCCGCACUAGUCAGGUUCUGCCCCAGGACCCCCUUCCAGCCCCUCUCAGGGACAGUCCGCCCCUGCCACCACAUCCUGAUGCCUCAAUGCCCGUCCCUCAAUCUGACUCAGAUGCUCUAGGGAAGAGAGCAAAAUCCACCAGCAUGCGAGGGAAAAAAACAGCAACGCUUACUGAGGCCUCCCAAAGAUCAGGGAAAAGCCGGACAGGAAGCCAAAGUGGAGUCACAAAGGGGAAUGUCUCUUCUACCCGUACACCUUCCUCCACCACCCGUUCAGCACCAACAAAAUCCUCACCCAAUCCAGUCCCAAAGUCUAACUCCGCUGGGGAAGUCAGUGUGUACGUGGACCUGGCCUAUAUUCCCUCUGGAGCUUCAUCUCCAACGGUCAAUGCGGACUUCUUCAGAUGCAUUCGCUCCUCCUGUUACAUCAUCAGCGGCGGCAGUCCAGAGAGAGAAGAGGUGUUGAGGCAUACGCUGGACGCACUUCUGGAUAGCAAGCUAUCCUGGCCUGACACUAUGCAGGUGACAGUGAUCCCCACAUUUGAGUCGGUGCCGAUGCAGGAGUGGUACCAGCAGACGCUGGACAGACAGAAGGAGCUGGGCAUUACCGUACUGGGAUCCAACAGCACCGUCGCCAUGCAAGACGAGACCUUUCCGGCCUGCAAGAUAGAGUUUUGAGGCUGCAUGGUGAAUAUGAGCUGAAGGAUGGAAAUGUGUGUGUGUGGGACAAGAAAAAAAGAGUGAACGCUAAAGGCGUGACAGAAAUAUAAAGUUACAGUUUAUUGGGAAAAAUUAUAUGGCCUCUUUCUACACAGCUGAGUGUACCUCCCUGGUUAAUCACUUCUUUGUGGGCUAAAAGCCUUUAUUUCUCUUCAUCCAAGGAGAGGACACAUUGAUGUGGGGAGUAUUGCAUGAAUUUUUUGACCCAUGACCCUGUGCAAAGCAGGAGAGGAGAUCACACUGGCUGCAAGAGAAGCAUGUCGGGCUGCAAACACGUGGAUACAUAUGGAAGCCAGUGUCGUAGAUUAGUCAAUAUAGUUAGCAUACGUGGGGUUACAGGCGCUAUGAGUAGGCUUGUUUUUUUUUAUGCAUUCAGCACUGAGGUGUGAUAGUGGUCUGCGCUAUGUUUAAAGGCCAUUUUGCUGCUUUAAUAUUUAAUUAAAGGUUUUCAAUUUGUCUUAUCAAACUGCUCCAGAUACUCACAGAUGACAAGAGUAUGCAAACUUUCGUAAAUUUGUCUGAUUAGCACAGGAGAUGUAUGUAUAUCGUAAAAAGAGUCUAACCUUUGGCAGUGUGUGUUUGUUGUGAGCACUGUAAGCAGACAUGAGGUGAGCUGUGUUAUGUGUCGUGACUGCUUUUUCAAAAAAAAAAAGCCACCGUGGCUUCGCUGUUGAUCUCAGAAAUAUUCUGACCAAAUGCGACGCGUCUGAUCUGAGAUUACUGAAUCUGAGUGUGCAAAGUCAAAUCUGUCAGCAGGGAUUCGAGUACCCGAUUAGAUUUAACAACAUUACAGCAAUCAUCUUAUUAAGUAUAGUAAUUAAUUGUAAUUCAUUAGAAGUGCUUAAAUCGUACUAAUCAGGAAUUGGACAGCAAAUGCUUUUUGUAGAAAUAGAUGUUCACUUGUUAUCUUACUCAAAAAAAAAAAACAUGACAUGUAUUUUGAAUGUGGAUAUGAUCAUGAGUUUAUUGUUGACAAAUAUUUUGCACAGCAUAAAAUCAUAGUGUUGUCACAGUGGGUGGUCAUGACAGCUUUCCAAGUUGUACUUUGUAAAUACAGAUAAAUGAAAAUUCUGAUUCUAUUUAUACUUGGAGCAAAGUAAUCCUGAAACACAGUGUGCACCUUGGCGUUCAAAUUAAUUCUUAGCAAAUCUUGCAAUAAUAAAUGACGAUGAAUGAAUAUGUGCUUUGGUUUAUAAAAGGAGCAGUUCCUUUAGUGGAGAUUCUUCUGGAGGUAUACAGCCCUGAUUCCAAACAAGUCGGGAUGCUGUGUAAAAUGUAAAUGAUGUCUAUGAUCUCCGAACCAAUUUUAAAAUGGGGACACUUCAUGUCAGUCCAUCUCAGAUGAGCUCGGGCCCAAAGAAAUCCGCGGCAUUACCGGAUGUUGCUGAUUUAUAGCUUUCUCUUUGCAUGGUUAGAGUCUCAACUCGCAUGUGAAUGCAGCGACGGACUGUGUUUACCGACAGCUCAAGCCCAUGUAGUGAUGUCUUUUAUGCAAUCAUAGCCUGAGGGGUCAAAGGUCAGCCUUGCUCCUUACAUGUAGAGAUUUCUCUGGUUUUCUGAAUCUUUUAUUGAUUGUAACUGGUGAAAUGAAUUCUCUGCUAAACAAAGUGGUGAACCUCGCCCCAUCCUCGCUUGUGAACUGAAUCACCUGUUAAAAUUUACAAGUGUUGAAUGUUCAAACAGAUGUUUUGAUGAACAUUGAAAUUGUCAAUUUUUUUUUGAUCUUGUCCUAACUUCUUUGAAUAUGUUGCAGGCAUCAAAGUCAGAAUAAGUGCAUUUUAACAAAAACAAUAAAGUUGAUCAGCUUUAACACUAAAUAUCUUUUUUUAUUUAUUCAAUUGAAUAUAUAGGUUGUAAACGAUAUGCGAAUCAUUGCAUUUUCUGUUACAAAGUGUCCCAACUCUUUUGGAAUCAGGAUUGUACAAUUACAUACACUCUCAACUCAACUAACUAAAGACCUAACUAGCUAUGAGGACGUUACGGAUCUGUAAAAUAAAGCACUUUGUAAUAAAACAAAGCAAUUAGUAAUGUAAUUACACUGUAAUCUGCCCAUUGUUUUCAUUUUUAUUUCCUCUUAUCCCAAACUGGACAUCCAAGAACAGCUGUCAUAAUCAGAUCAGGUGUAACUAAAUUACAUCUGAUUACACAAAUGUGACAUGCCAAAGCGUGAGAUCACAAAAACGUCGCUGACCAUUUUCCCAAUCUGUCUGGAUGCUGCCACUAAAUGCAGAAAAAAUAUGUCAUUGUGAUUUAGUAUCUCUAAAAUAUCUGAAAGAUAUUUUGUAAUUACACAAACGCACAGUUGCUAUUUUGUGCAAUCAUCUUCAAUUUCUUUCUUCACUUUUUCAAACCGCGUUCAAGUCACACAUGUUGUCCAAAAUUCAUUACAACCCUAAUGAUCCCUUCUGAAACUUUUACCCACUUUUGGCUGCCAGAUUAAAUCAUUUAUUGGGGUUGAACUAAAUCUGUAAUCAUGGAUAAAAAUGACUUGAACCCCACAGUAGCCAAGUGAAUUGUAACUAUGUGUAUGUGUCCCGCAUGUAUAAAAUACUGUAUGUACCGUAUGUUGUUUCAUUCAUGAUAUUCAUGAAGACAGAGAGCACUGUGGGAGAGCGUGUGGGCGGGUGGGAUGAAAAACUUGACUGCUGAGAUGAACAUUGAGAACCUUUCACUUUGUAAUUGUCUGUAAGUACAUACAGUAACAAAAUGUGUGGGUUGUGGAGCAGAGAGUAAUGUUUAAAUAAAGAAUGUGCAUCACCGUG